AUUACGUCAUCAAUAAGUGCCGACAGGUGACGUUUGUUAUGCUUUUGAUCGUCACAAGCUGCCAAAUUGGUAACCUAUAAAUCUAUACACGUACCCAUGGGGAUAUACUGUGACAUAUUUUACACUAUGUCUAAUUUAUUUAGUACCUAUUUUUAUAGGCAUACCUCUGGAUACAAAAGUGAGCUGUUUUAACUCAUCUUGUAUAUAAAUGACCUGGAUGACUGAGCAUGAUUACAAAAGCAACACCUGGGCAAUGAAUGCAGGAAUUCCGCAAGCAUUUAUCACAACCUUCAGAGCAGAAGAUGCGGAAAAACUGACUGCCCGAUGGAAACAUGGCCUGGGCAGGUCAAAAUAUAAACCGGCAGAAUAUGAAAGGGUGCAAGCCAUUGUUGAUGCCAAACGACUGCAGAGUGCGUUAAUAGCAAAAAAGUUGAAGAGGACCCAGUGUGUGGCCAAGGAAAUUAAAGAGUGCGACAUAUUACGCCAACACAGGCAGGUGUGGAGCAGAGAAUGCCCCAGGCUGCAAAAAGCAGAGGUGAAAGCUGAGAAUGAAUUGCAUGAUUUCAUAGAAAAUGUCCGGCCAUUUGGCAUAGAAGACACUGCUAUCUUUUCACUUAAAGAUUACGAGGUGUUCCUGGAGAGGGACCGAAAAGCAUUCAUAAUGGGCACUGUGGAGCCAGUUUAUCAGCUAAGGGAGGACCUGUGCUUCAGGCUUGAUCAAGAACAGCAGCUCAGCCCUGCUCUGUCAAACUGGGAACAAGUACAACAACAGGUGAAUCUUGUGAAAGACCAGCAAGAUAUCAUAACUGCAAAACUUCAAGAGGAGUACUGUAAUAUAGAAGAGGAAAUCACAGGCCUGGGUUUGGAGAAAUAUGUACCGACUUUAGAUAGCCUGGUCAACAAAGACAGCAUUCCGACAGAAGUUUUGGAAUCAGACUGCCCUUAUCCGGAGCUGAAGGAGUCUCUCAUCCAGGCUUUCCAGUCAUUGUCACAAAUACACCACAGUCGGCUACACUGUCUUCAAGAACAUCUCAAAAGAACAGACAGACAUUGUGGUUGGUGUCCGGAUGACCACCUUCGCUUCCAUUUCAUCCUAUCUCAGUACACUCAAGAAAUCCCCAACAACCGGGCACUAUGCAAUCAUAUGCUUCAAAGAAUCUUCCCAGAGAAAACAAAACACGACCUGAUGGAACAUGAGCGUGCAUGGGCGAGGCAGCGCUUCACCCAGACUCAGAUAAAGGUUCUGACACAGCAGUGGCAGCAGGACCAGGAAGAGCUUCUGGCGAAAGCAUUAGCAACCCUACAGGAAGCAAGGGAUGCCUACCAGGAGGAGCUGGAGCUCCAAAGAGACCGCCAACACCAGCAGGACAUCUGCUUUCGCCUCAGAGAAAAGCUGCAGCAAUGGCGUUCCCAUCAGGAAGAGGUGGCCCAGCUGCAGGCGUCCAUCGCUGCCAGACAACAAGAAGAAGCUGAGGCUAUUUUAAAGAGGGAGCAAGAAAAAGAGGCCACCCUUAGGGCAAAUCAGAAGGAAAAGCUCCGGAAAUUUCAUUUGGAGCAGCAGAAAAGGAGGGAGGAGUUAGAGCAGAGAGAUCAGGAGAGACUGGUGAAACUGAGGGCUGCCAUGGAGGAGCAGGCCAGGCAAGACAGAGAUAGGGUGCGGUUUCGGGCUGAGGUGUUGCAGAGACGCAAGGAGGAGAGGGAGGCCUGUGAGCUGGAGCGGUUCAGGGAGGAAGCGGAGAAGCAGAAUCGACUGGAAGCACUCCGAAACCAGGUUGCCGUGGUGGCCGAGGCUGACACGGAGAGGAUGAUGGGAGGCACUCAGGCUUGGAGGAAUCGAUAUUCAACCAUCAGAAGCGUUGAUAUGCAGAAACCUUUCUUCGGACUCAACACGUACACAGAUGCACAGAUUGUAUCUGAUCCCAGAUUACGGAUCGAGCAGGCCUUGAGGGAGGCCGGUCUGCACCAUACUCAGUAUGCCCAGGAGGUCCUGUCACAUAUCAAACCCCCAAAACCACCAAGACGAGACACCAAAUCAGCGUUGCAAUUUUAACUAAGUUGAGAAUGAUUCAUUACCAUUAAUCAUUACAAUUAAUUAAUCAAUGCUAUUAUUCUGGUUAUCAAUCAAGUCAAGUCAAGUUAAAGGGGAACUGCACUUUUUUUUGGAAUUUUGCCCAUCAUUCACAAUCCUUAUCUGAAACACAUAUCUAUAUUCAUAUAUAUAUGAUAUUAUAUUCAUAUGAACACAUAUUUAUUUCCUUUUUCUGUGCAUUAUAACACAAGUUAAUGUUGAAAAUGACAAAAGUUUUAACUUUUAACUUUAACUUUAGAAUAAUCUAGAGUAGUGGUUCUCACGCAGGCCUCACAGCUUGGAGACCCGAGUUCGAUUCCACUCUCGGCUAUCUCUGUGUGGAGUUUGCAUGUUCUCCCCGUGCAUGCGUGGGUUAUCUCCGGGUACUCCGGUUUCCUCCUACAUUCCAAAAACAUGCUAGAUUAAUCAUACCAAAUUGUCCAUAGGUAUGAAUGUGAGUGUGAAUGGUGGUUUGUCUAUAUGUGCCCUGUGAUUGGACCCACAAUCACCACUCAAUGACAAUUGGUGACCCAAAAUGUGGACAUUUUUCAACUCAAACUCGUUAAGGGGAUUUUUCUGUCGACAGCCUGGUCACAAACCGCUACCCCGUUGCGGUCACAUGACCAUAAGUGAGCUUUGACAACAAGCCAGCAUAAUAUGUAAAUAUAUUGGCAGGCAUGAUUCACCCCCAGUUGACAUUCUCAAAGUUAUUGUGUUAUUGUUAGCACCAGUCAGUCUGUGCUAGCUUUUGUUAGGGUUAUUAAUAAGAAUAAUUAUUAGUUCAUGACAUAGUUACUAUGUCUACAUUUUGGUUCAGAUUUUUCUUGCUGCUCAUGGAUGAUGAGUCUGAGUGAAUGUUGUCAUUGAUUGUGGCGCACCUGUACCUCUGUACCUCUGGGUUUUGGAUUUUGCUAUUUUGCUUUUUUAUAUAUAUAUAUUUUUUUCUCCAUUUAACCUGAUUUUCAAUUUUCCUAUUUCCUAUUGAUCGUCCUUGAGAGAGUCUCUCAUGGUCCCUAUCCCCUAUCAGUCAGUGAUGUUGAGAAUAAGUGUGAUUUUAAUUCAUCUUUUAUCCAUAUUUUUGUGUCAUUUCAGCUAAAUCAUACCCAAUCAACACAGAAAAAUUGACUUUGACUCAUAUUUUGGCCAUAUUAUACACUACUGCUCAAAAGGUUGCAGUCACUUGGAAAUGUUUUUGACCAGUCUGAGAUAUGGCUUUUUCUUGGCAGUCCUGCCAUGAAGUCUGAAGUCGCCGCUUCACUGUUGGUACUGAGACUGGUGUUUUGACGGGUACUAUUUAGUGCAGCUGCCAGGUGACAACCUGUGAGGCGUCUUUGUCUCUCAAAUAUUUGUCUUCUUGCAACAGUUGUGCAGCGUUUUUCUGUCCUUGUUAGACCCAGUUUGUGCUGCUCUCUGAAGGGAGUAGUUAACAGCAUGGUAAGAUAUUUUAGUUUUAGUUUAGAUUUUUUAGAUGGGUUUUCUAAUAAUCUAUUAGCCUUAUGAAAUGAUUAAUUUGGAUUAGCAGCCAUACCAGGAGAUUGAUGCAGAGGACUGACAGCUGUUGAUAGUAGGUCUCUAUGCAAAAAUGUACAUCCUUCUUUGAAAAUCAUCUGAUUAAUUUUAAUUGUAUUAAAUUUUAAGUGUCUUUCUUUUGAAAGUGAUCCCAAACUUUUGAGCAGUAGUGAAUAUAGUUUUGAGUUCAGCUAUAUGUAGACUAACGGGCCACUACAUCUGCAGACCCCAUUAGGAUUCAAGAAUUCUGCCUCUGUAGUAAUAUCAAUACUCCUUUAUUUGAUACUGUCAGGGCGAUAUUCAUUUGACAAUGCAGUCAUUGUUGUGGUUGUAAUAUGCACUUGUGUACAACUGCACACCAUCCUCUCUUGUAACAGAAGUUAACCAAAAUAUUACAAACAGCUCUCAGUAUAUGAUGCAACGCAUGCAGAAUUACCUCAGCAUCCUAUUGAACAUUACGUAACUGACACAGUUGUGACUUUAUUACCUUAUCUUUACCUUAUUAUAAGUAUGAUUCUAUAGGUUU